AUGUUAAAUACUGAAAGGCAGAAAAAUGAUCAGCAAGAAUCACAACACAACCGGUCAAGAUCAAGAAGUGGUUCUCGACAUAGUUCCAGGACACCUUCUCGUGGAUCAGUUUGCUACUAUCAUUGCACAUAUGGUUCUGGAUCAGUUUUAUCCAUUUUACCAGCCCAUAAGUUCGCCAAUGGUCAUGCCAAAGAAGAGCUAGUUUUAUUUGCAGCAAACUCUAGCAGAAUUUCCACGUAUGGCAAGAGAACUCUGGAGCUGGAUCUAUCACUAAGAAGAAGCUUUAACAGGCAGUUUGUUGUUGCCGAUGUAGUCACAGCCAUUAUAGGAGCCGAUUUCCUAAGCAACUACAAUAUAUUAAUAUACUUGAAGGGUAGAAGAUUGAUUGAUUCGACCACAGGCCUUACCUCUGAUGGAAAGGUACUCAAGGCACAGCAAGUCAACAUCUCCACUGUCAACCCGGCAGAGCCUUUCAAGGAUUUACUGGCACAAUACAUUGCAAUAACAAAGCCACAGGCAACCACUAAUAAUAAAUCAUCUCAUUUUGCCCACAGGAUAACCACAAUAGGUCCACCAUUAGCUUCCAGAUUCAGGAAGAUCUUCGGAGAAAAGGCUGUUGCAGCCAGGUCCGAGAUACAAGAUCUCCUGAACAGGGGCACUUUGAGGCCUUCCAACAGUCCAUGGGCAAGCCCUAUUCACAUGGUUCCCAAAAAGAAUGGCACAUUCAGAAUGUGUGGAGAUUAUAUAUUCAGAAUGUGCAGGAAGAAAAUGGCGCAUGGCACCCUAUAG